AGGCUGGGCCGGGGGGAGAUGGCAGCCUCUUCCUCAUCCUCCUCAGCUGGCGGCGUCAGCGGCAGCUCCGUCACGGGGUCGGGGUUCAGCGUUUCGGACCUGGCACCCCCCCGAAAAGCCCUCUUCACUUACCCCAAAGGAGCUGAGGAGAUGCUGGAAGAUGGCUCAGAAAGGUUCCUCUGUGAGUCUGUCUUCAGCUAUCAGGUGGCAUCUACAUUAAAGCAAGUGAAACACGAUCAACAAGUGGCACGGAUGGAAAAACUAGCUGGUCUGGUGGAAGAGCUGGAGGCAGAUGAGUGGAGGUACAAGCCCAUAGAGCAGCUCCUGGGAUUCACUCCCUCCUCGGGCUGAGCGUGUCUGGAUCACUGCUGUCAGGGAGCAGAAGAAAAACAUGCUCUGGCCUGGCUUGAAAACAUCCCCACCAUUUUAUCAGGAUGCUGCACCAGCAGGACUGGGC